AUGAAGAAGGAGCAAAUGGAGGAGAUGGUGAAAGGGUUGAAGGAGAGCAAGAGGCCAUAUCUAUGGGUUGUGAGAAAGGAUAACAGAGAGAAGGAAUUACUUGAGAUUGAAGGAGAAGAAGGAGAUGAUCAAGAUGGGAAUGGGAUGAUGGUGGAGUGGUGUUCACAAGUGAGAGUUUUGGCACACAAGGCGGUUGGAUGUUUUGUGACUCACUGUGGAUGGAACUCAACUUUGGAGAGCUUGGUGUGUGGCAUGCCGGUGGUGGGCAUGCCACAGUGGCCAGAUCAAGGAAUGAAUGCGAAGUUGGUGGAGAGUUUGUGGGGUUGUGGAGUGAGGAGUGAGUUUGAUGGUGAUUGUGUUGUUAAAGGAGAAGAGCUUGUGCGGUGUUUGGAGUUGGUGAUGGGGGAUGGAGAGAAGGGUGUUAAGAUUAGGACAAAGGCUAAGAUGUGGAAAGACAAGGCUUCGGAGGCUGUGAGUAAAUGUGGAUCAUCUGAUCUUAAUCUCAAAAAAAUUUCUUCUAAAGUUUUUCUGAAUGAUUGA